GUUAAAUGUAAACAAACCUAUGUCAGUAAGCUAAAUGUGCUUGUUCAAGUCAAUGUGGAUUGAUCUGAACAGAAGACCAAAAAAAAAAUGUUAGAGUAUUUGUGAUUUCUUAUUCAAAGAUAAUAUAUUGCUUUAGAUCGAUGGACAAAACAAAAAUCUUGGCAACAUGAAGAGUUUGUUGUUUCUUGCUUUCCUAUAUUUCAUACAAGGAUUACCGUAUGGCUUACAGUCACGGUUUUUACCGAUCUACUUCAGAACACAUGGCAUGUCACUUACUGAUAUUAGUAUGUUUAAACUUCUAUUGAUUCCAUGGAUGUGUAAAGCCUUGUGGGCUCCUUUUGUUGAUACCUAUGGUACCAAGAAGUUAUGGUUGACUUGGAGUAUGGUUGGCCUUAUUUUUACAUGUUUCCUAGGCUCAUUCACAUCACCAGAUCAUAUAGCAGAACUUGGUGUCGUCAUGUUUUUAUUCAAUCUGAUUACAUCUACACAGGACAUAGCAGUUGAUGGAAUAGCCAUUCAAGUUUUAACUUCCUCCGAAUUAGCAUAUGGAAACAUAGCACAGGUUGUAGGAUAUAAAUUUGGUGCUAUUUUUGGGGGAGGAGUGUUAUCAUGGCUUAGUGAUUAUGUAGAAUGGACCCUACUGUUUAUAUGUUUAGCAUUAGUUUAUGUAUUUUCUUUAAUAUUUGUUCAAAUUUUUGUUCAUCCACCACAACAAUUAAAAUCAGAAAUGGAUGAACAGAAAAAAGAAAAUGGUCCCACGGAAAGAAAAUUACUGCCUGGUAUGAAAUCAACAUUCCAGCAAAUUUAUAACACUCCGGGUACUUUAUGGAUUAUGAUGUUUGUAAUUGUAUAUAAACUUGGAGAACAAGGAGCUUUGAGUAUGGUACCAAUGUUUCUGAUUGACAAGAAGAUUCCUGCCUCUUGGGUAGGGUUCUGGACUGGAAUGGUGGGCCAAGGUGUGUCAAUAUGUGGAUCUGUAUUAGGGGGUUGGGCAAUUUCACAUCUAGGAUACACAACAUCAAAGACAUUGAAGUUAACUUGUAUUCUGAGAGUGAUUCCACUUUCUCUACAGUUACUUGUAGUAUGGACAUGGUCAGAAGAAAUGAGCUCAGUCUCUUCUUUGCUGUCUGUAUUUUCUAUGUCAGCCAUGUUGUUUAUCAGUGGUACUGUUACCACAGCAACCUUUACGUUGAUGAUGCAGUGUUCCCAGAGGGCACCACCUACAGUUCAGUCCACACAUUAUACAGUGCUAGCAACUUUAGAAGUAAUGGGAAAAUUGACAUUUUCUGUAAUAUUAGGACCAAUAACAGAAAUAUUAGGAUAUAACUUUAUUUUUGUAUUAUUUAUUAUACUGACUUUAAUAGUUUUGCUCAUGUUUCAAAAGUUUCCAUCUUUGUCAGUUUCGGAAACAAUAGUUACAAAUAAAAAUAGUUAA